AGCUUUCCUCAAUUCACCUUCACCCAAUCACUACAAUUCAACCAAACGAUAUCAUUCCCUCCUCACCAACUUCUUAACACAACAUUUGAAAUCAUCUCUCCACAAUUCGCCUUCUUGAAUGCGAUUACGGUAAAUAAAUCGACAUGUCCUACGAGCCACGCGGCGAUCAUGCCGCCCAAGGUGGACACGAUUCUGGCUUUGUAAGAGCUAGAGGUCGACGUCCCGUCACUGAUUAUGGCUCCACACUUGCGCACUGGAUGCGCAAUCGCGAACCCCGUUUUAAGGGAACAUUCAAGGGCGAGGCUGAACGUCCUAGUGCUAGUUACAUUAUCGACAUGCUACCUCCCCUUGCAAGAGUUACCAGUCCAGCUGACUCUGUCCCUACCAAGCACCUCCAUUCAUCUCUCAACAAGAUAAAGCACCCAGUGAAUGUUGUGCGAUGGACGCCCGAAGGACGUCGACUGCUUACCGCAUCAAGCAGCGGUGAAUUCACGCUAUGGAAUGGUACCGGCUUCAACUUCGAGACCAUUAUGCAAGCGCAUGACGUUGCCAUCCGUGCUUUAGCAUAUUCUCACAGCGACGAUUGGUUGAUUUCAGCUGAUCAUGACGGUAUCAUCAAAUACUGGCAACCCAACUUCAACAACGUUCAGGUGAUACAGGGUCAUACUGACCCCAUCCGAGAUCUCGCAUUUAGUCCUAAUGAUUCCAAGUUUGUCACAGCAUCGGACGAUUCCUCGUUGAAGAUUUUUGACUUUGCUGGAGGUGUUUCUGAAUCGACACUCCAAGGUCAUGGCUGGGAUGCAAAGAGCUGUGACUGGCAUCCCACGAAAGGUUUGAUAGUUUCGGGAUCUAAGGAUCAUCUGGUCAAACUCUGGGACCCCCGAACUCAACGAUGUCUCACUACCCUCCACGGCCAUAAGAACACCAUUACAAAAACCUCCUUCGAACGCGUUAUGGGUUGGUGUCUUGCAACUUCAGCGCGAGACCAGACAGCAAGGAUCUUCGAUAUUCGAAUGAUGCGAGAUAUCUGCCUUCUCCGAGGCCACGAAAAGGAUAUUUCGACCCUUGCUUGGCAUCCGAUCCAUUCAAACCUACUCAGUACCGGAGGUAGCGAAGGAUCUUUAUUCCACUAUCUAUUAGACGAGCCUAAUAUGCCAGCCGGCCAGGCCAUCAGUACAGCCGUCUACGAAAGCCCGGAUCCAUUGACAGCGCCGGCACAGUCCAUAUACCCGACGCAUAAGGUUCCUUUCGCUCACGAUUUUGCGAUCUGGUCUCUUGAUUGGCACCCCCUCGGCCAUAUUCUAGCAUCCGGCUCGAACGACCGUAUUACGAGAUUUUGGUCCCGCGGUAGACCUGGUGAGACAGAUAUCUUUCAAGAUAGAUAUCACAUUGGUGAAGCAGCUGCCGAAGCUCAAGGAACCUGGGAUCGACGCGGUGGUCGUCGUCAACGCCAAGAGGAGGAAGAGCAGGAACUUGAAGAUGAGAUGGAAGGUUUGGUCGAUCAGAAGAUGCCCCUCAAACAACCAACAUCCGUGUUUCCAGGUCUUCCCGGCCUCUCUUUGCCUGUCAACGGAAUUCUACCACCGCCUCCUAUUCCCGGAGUUAGUUCUGCUUCUACAUCGGUUACAGCUCCACCUCUACCGUUCCCGAUUCCUGGCGCUGGCGGGGCUCCGCCGCUUCCACUACCUGGUGGUUUGGAUCCUACUAACCCAGCUGACUUUGCUAAAAUCGCAGAGCUCAUGCAGAAGGCUGGCCUGCCUCCCCCUCCCCCUCCGGGUAUGCUACCGGGUAUGUUACCACCUGGUUUUAUCCCGCCUCCCAACUUUGCGGCUCCCCCGGGCUUCAUACCGCCUCCACCUCCUGUCUUUGCAUCGGGAGGUGUCGACAUGCAGGCGGACGGUAGCAACGGCGGACGGAGACGCGCGCCUCUUCCUAGUCAGGAAGAGAGUCUACGGAUGGAACAGAAGAGGGGAAACUACACUCGCGUCCGCUAGUACCCUUCGAGUCCUAUUCCCCUUUCACCUCAUCAAUACACGAACGCGCCAGUUUCGUCUACCCUUGUCUCUUGCGGGACAAACUUAGGAUACCCAGGACACUCUGGACAUGCGGGACUUGCUAGUCCCGGUAGAGCAGGAUG